GAGUUAACAGCAUUUCGAAAAUCCAAAAAUAUCCAAGGCCGACAUUUCACAGCAAUUACUUGCGAUUCGUGUAAAACAUUUUUCAGGAGAAAUGCAUUCAAAGAAAAUCAAUUGAAAUGCGGUUUUGAAGGCAAAUGUAAUAUCACUCCCAAUACAAGAAAGUAUUGCCAAAAAUGUAGACUUAAUAAGUGUUUUGCGGUCGGAAUGAGAAAAGAAAUAAUGAAUUCAGACGAUGAAAAUAAAAGGAGACGACAAUUGAUUGCAGAAAAUAAGCAAAAAUCUAAACAAAGUAUUCAAACAAAUUCUGUACACAAUAUACCGGAGUUGGACUCAAACGACACCAAAAUCUCUGACCAAACUGUUGGCCAAGAAGUCGAUGAUCUCAUUGACAGUACAUUCUAUAUAACGGAUAUCGCAUUGAAUAAACAGAUACUGGAAAUUGAAAACACAUUAAACAAAGAUUAUACUAAUGAUGAGAAUAUAAUACAAAACUCAUUGCCAUUACAAUUGGUU